UGUUUACUCCAUGAUCGAGCUCUGGCCUCUCAUAUAAACCCCCCGCCCUCCAUCAGUCUUCACACACACCAUCCUCACCUCAGCUUGUACACGCGCGCAGCAUUCUCCAUUCUAGCCGGCGCCAACUGUUUGCUCGACACCAGCGAACUCUAAAGUCUAGCGAUGGCAGACGCGACUGCGCCGCGACCGCUCCUCCGCCGCGCGCUCUCGUUCCGGGUGCCGCUGCUGCUCAUCCCCCACCUCGUCGGCUUCCUCGCCACCGUCGCGUCCGCCUUCUUCCACAGCUACGCCUCCUUCCUGCAGUCCUUCGCCAGGUCCAUCGUCGUCCCGUCGCCGGCCGCUUACGCCAAGUGCGCUUACGCAACGUCCGCGGCGGCGCACGUCGCGCCGUGCUGCGAGGACGUCCGCGCUGAGGAGGAGGAGGAGGAGGAGGACAAGCUGAGGAAGGAGGAGGUAGAGGCGAUCAUGGCCAGGAUCGGGCUGGGAGUGGCCGGCGCCGGCGAGGGGCUGAGGGCCAGCCUGGGCCACGCCGAGGUGUCCCGGCUGUUCGACGCCGAAGAGCCAAGCUUCGCAGAGGUGCGGCGCGCGUUCGCCGUGUUCGACGGCGACGCGGACGGGUUCAUCGGCGCGGCGGACCUGCAGGGCGCCCUGGCCAGGCUCGGGUUCCCGGAGGUCGACGCCGCCGCGUGCGAGGCGAUGAUCUCGUCGAGCUGCGGAUCCAGGGACGGCAGGAUGAACCUGUUCCAGUUCGUCGGGUUCCUCGAGGACGGCCUCUGCUGACAGAUCGGCCGAGGCAGCCUCUCUUUUUUGUUCCGUUGCACGGUGCGCGUCUCGGCUGGCGCGGCAGAAGAUGGGAGUGUGCUGGUGUUCUUGAUUGUCCUGUUUUUCCUUCUGCGAGCGAAGAGUUGGGGGAUGGAUGGAUUGUGCAACAAAUUAACGCACUAAUUCUCGAGUUCAUUGAUGGAUCGAACUGAUUUCGCCAAAUGAUCAUAAAUAAACUUUGGCAAUCAAAGUCUUCUUGA